CAAAGCAGGAAGGGAAAUGCAUGACUGUGUGCAGGCCUUUAUUGUAUAUGAUCAGGUGGAUUUAAAUAAAGUAGCUAUUAUGAGUGCCAGGACAUGUUGAUGUUACAGACUACAGAUCUUAAGCCGCCUACUUAAUAGGUGGAGCAAUAAGAAACUCAUUAGGUCAUGGAAAUAACACAGGUUUGUAACUGGAGCCGGUAUUCUGCUGACUUGCUGUAACCUGUCUGUCCACUUCUUUAACAAAUAUUCCUCGGGGAGGCCAGUGUCCAUAGGGAGUUUCCUUUUCAACAAUCAUAUUUCUGGUUUGCAGCAGCUGAGCAUAAACGCGGAUUUGAUCAUCAAACGAAGGAUAUCAGAUUAAGAGGACCUUCAUGGGCCCAACGCCAUUAACUGUGAAGUAAGUCUGAUAUUGGUAUGUCGACGACAACACACCCGUUCGCUGCAUUUCCCUCGAUGGUGCAUGUAAUUUAGGGAUAUUGUCUACUAUGUCAGUUGCAUAAAGGGAUUAAGGAUUGCUCAUGGUGUCCUGGUUUUAAGAAACAAACGUUUAAUAUCCUGUUAGCUGAGUCCCUCUGACAAGUCUUACCGGUUAUCCGAAGAUGUAAAGUGAAGCUAACUUCCCUUACUGUCGUGUGGCGUCGUGAUUCAGGAGCUGUUGUAGUCUUGGUGACGGAGAGCUGCACCUUACUUCAAGUCACCUGAAAUACACCGUGUGGGAUGAUUUCUUUCUGACUACACGUAUUUUUCCGACAUUGGUAAGUGAAAUGACGACGUAUAUUUGAGUAUAUUUCUCGCAGGCUUGUCAUGACGGCUAGAAAGAUGUGCUAGCUUGUGCCAGCACGCGCAGGACAGUUUCAAGACCCUCCUUGUUGGAUUAAAACCACCAAACUCUUCAUUGCUGAGAACAUUAAUUGUAAUUGGAUGACAAAUUGUAUCACUGCCUGUCUGUGUCCUCACACACAGACAGAGGGUUUAAGUGUUUUGACAUGUCAAUAUUUGCGGUAGGAUUUAUCGGCUGAAUGUGGUGACUACGUAAGGUAAACAGGAGUGUACAGCAUCUAAUGUUUGGUAUAUCCCUGUCUACAGAAAUGCCUCAUUGAGAACAAGUUGACCUGCAUUUAUAUCGCCUGGGGUCACCAUACAUGAGUGGAAAAAUGCAGCAUCACCAGAUCUUCAUACCCGUGCCCUGACUUGUGUUAAUUCAAAGAGAAGAAGCCGAUGUGACUGGGAAUAAAGGCACCUUGGCUUAAAUCUUCGACACCUUAAAGACACUAAAUAAAGCUUGAAAGACAGAGAGUAGCCAUGCACAGCCCUGAAAUAGUGGCAGGCUAUCCAAGUGGAUGUGCGGCGGAUAAAGACGCAAACCCGGAGACAACCUUGGGGAGCGCCUACUCCCCCGUGGACUACAUGAGCAUCACCAGCUUUCCGCGGCUGCCAGAGGAUGACAUGCAGUCCGGGGAAAACACCCUGAAAUCUCGUAAGGAUGAUGACAACGUCCUCAGCGAGCAAGAUACAGGUGAGCAAAGUCAGAUCAAAUUGUCACAACAAGUUGAGAUUGUUUAGGUUCCCUGCGUGCACAUGGAGAGACUGUGUUUUAAAGGCAACUCUUCAAGUAGGGGAGAGUGGGGUAAGUUGAGCCACCCCCUGUUGCUUGGAAAUGGUAAAAGAAAUUGAUCAUGUGACCAAAUAUUUAGGAGAUGGGCAUCAAUUCAUGGAGUCUGUGAAGGUUAGAAGCUCAUGGGUGAGGGGGUCUCAACUGGUGUCACUCUGGGACCCACAUUUUCCCAUUGUCCCAUUUUUAUAAAAUUCAGAACAAGAAAAUGUAUUUUUGUGUGAAGAAAACCUUUAUAAUGGACUCAAAUCUUUGACAUAAAUACACAUAUUUUAUUGAGUAAAGUGCAGUCCAGAGCACACAAACUGAGGAUGACAUCUACAAUAGUUGUGUACACAGAAAAUAUUAAAUUGCACACAAUAGAAACCAGCAAAAGGAAAAUUUUGACUUGCAUCUCUGCAUUCAGAGCAUUUUCAGAAGAACCCGAGGAGGACAAGCGUGGAUAAAUUUCAAAUUGCACAAAAUAAAGACCAUAAAAAAACGUGUAAUUCAACUGCAUUCAGACCACAUUAAUAAAACACUGAGGAGGACAUAAUGCAUGCCUUUCAAAAGAAGCUAUUUUACAAAAUAAAAGACAUAUCAAACAUCAGAUGCGCAUUAAAUAUUUACUUUUUUGACCAGCUGUUCGCGACCCAUCCAGAACGUUUCCGCGACCCACUUUUGGGUCAGGACCUACCAGUUGAGAACCGCUGGAUUGGACAUUUAUUUCCACAACAUCUUAAAAUAUAUGCAGAUUUACUACUUAGAGACAAAACUAUGAUUGUCUUGAUGUAGUGAUCCGAAAUAUGAAAAAUGGCUCAUCGUACCCCAUUUCCCCUACUGUUUUUUUCCACAUUGUUGUUGUUGUUUUUAUAUUAUUAUUUUUUUCACUUUGCCUGAUGUUAGAUUUACUUUUAGGAAAAGUUGCUUUGUGUCAUAAUUUUAUUGAUGUUAAAAAAGUUUCUUAAACUACCAUUCAGCCAUUGCAAUAAUAAGAAUUAGAACAGUCACAGCUUCCCUACAGUGCCUUGUUUUUUGCCAAUAACUCCACAACCAAUGGAUAUUCAGCUAACCCUGACAGAGAGUAAAAGGAAGAGAUCCUGUAUUUGCAAAGUGAGAUCCAGAUGAUUCAUCCAAAUCAAUUUGGAAAAUAGUCCCUUGAAAACUUUUAAUAGUGCACAUGCAUUUGGAAAAAAAACUUUUAUCCACCCCUUAUCAACAAAGAGAUGUGAGAUAAGAUGCAGUUUAAGGGAUUGUUAUUUUUCUGUCCUGUUCCGUUCAAUCAAAGUUUAUCUUUUUUUUUGUUUAGACCCAGAUCAGUUUCUGAAGUCAGCUCGCCUCCAGCGUCUCCCCUCCUCAGCUUCAGAUCUUGCUAGCCAUGAUUUAGCAUCCUUGCGAGAGACUACCAGAGACCCCUUUACAGAAGAGUGCGCCUGUCAGCGUGAUGGGUUGACAGUCAUCAUCACGGCAUGUCUUACCUUUGCCACGGGAGUCACAGUAGCUCUCAUCAUGCAGAUCUACUUUGGAGACCCUCAGGUACGGCUGUUGUGACAACCUCUGUACCACAGUGGUAACUCCUUUUCAAUUGAUAUUGGGUCUGAGCUUCAUUCUCCUGUUGAUCUCAAGGUCUUUAACCAAGGGGCAGUGGUAACAGAUGUGGCACAGUGUACGUCCCUGGGCUUUGACAUCCUCGGUAAACAAGGGUCUAGUGUUGACGCUGCCAUCGCUGCUGCCCUCUGCUUAGGCAUUGUCCACCCUCAUACCUCUGGCAUUGGCGGGUGAGUGAUUAAAACAUACAAACCUUUUGUUAGCAGGAUCACCACUUAGGUUUCUUUACUUGGUUGAACAUGACACCAGCUUUGUGCUCUAUUCAUGCGCAGAGGUGGAGUUUUGUUGGUGCAUGACAUCCGAAAGAAUGAGACGAGGGUUAUCGACUUUAGAGAGACGGCACCUUCUGCAAUAAACGAUGAGUUGCUGCAGAGGAACCUUGACAUUAAUGUAAGUUUUUUUAUUUCAGUGACAUGUUUAUAAAAAGAUUGAAAAAUCGUUUGUUUCCGUUUGCUUAUCGUGUACACUCUGUUACUGCUGUUGUGUUUCAGCCGGGUCUGCUUGUGGGAGUACCAGGCAUGCUGAGUGGGCUGCACCAGGCACACCAGCUCUAUGGCAGGUACAGUUACCGUCAUAUAAUACUACCUAUUUACAUUUCUUCACUCUCCCCCGUAUCAUGUGAUAAGUCACCUUAAAGGAAGUUACUGGAUAUUCUACAUUCCUUCAUUCUUUGGUGUGAGCUGUUUUGUUGUAUGCUCUUAAAAGACAAUGUAUUUUAUCAUAAAAAACACAAAGUAGAAGUUAGGAUUCGAGUAUUAUGAAAAAUAUCAUGUAGAAAUCCACUUUUCUGUGCACAGAAAGCCAAUAUUCACUGUUAUUUAAGACAGUUACAUGUUUAAGAUGAACCUUUAACGAACUGUUGAAAGCAGAAAAUACACUAAGUCUUAGAAUAUGGCUGAUAUUUAUGUCAAAGGCUAUAAUAAGAAAGAAUCUGUAUUUAUUGGGUUGAUUAUGUCUAAAAGCUAUUUAUUGACCAACCUAUCAAUUGGUGUCUCUCUAGUUUAAAGGAUUUGGAUCUCAAUGUGGAAGAUUCGUCAGCUGUGUGAAAAAGAGAGGACACUGUUUUUAAAGCCAUAGUGCCAGGAUGCAAUUACUCUACUCUGUAAUUAUCUUGACUCUGGUGUCUCAGCUGCUAAGACAAAGAUGCCCGAGCUUACUCGCUUUUACCAUGCAAGGCUACAAAGUGCAAUUCAAAACAAUUUGUAUUUUUUCACUGUAGCCUCUGAGUAUUUAUUUAUACUUUGUUGCAUUUCCUCACUAAUUCAGUCUUUUAUGACUGUUUGUUUCCCCAGGAUCUCUUGGAAGGAUGUGGUUACCAUGGCAGCAGAUGUGGCCAGAAACGGAUUUAAUGUCACUCAUGACCUUGGUAAAUAUGAAACAAACAAAACCAGAGGGGGAAGUGGCUUUGACUUGUAGCCACGCACCUGCCAUUCAAAACAACAACACUCUAAAACAUGACAAGAUGAGCAAUGAUCUUUCUUCUUCUUUCCUCUCUUUGUAGCUGAAGCUCUGACGAAGGCAAGAGAUCAAAACAUGUCGGACGCGUUUCAGGAUUUGUUCCUCCCAAACGGCCAGGCUCCCCUUUCAGGGCUGUUCUCCAGACGUCUCGAUCUAGCAGCCAUCCUGGAUGACGUCGCAGUAAAGGGGAUAUCUGAGUUCUAUCGUGGGAAUCUGACGCAGGAAAUGGCAACAGCAGUAAGAAAUAAUGUUAUUUUGUUUUUUGCAAGAUGACUUCUACAUGGGUCCUGUCAACAUCCAGUAUUACCCCAUAUUUAAUAGUGUCUGGUGUAUUUAGAUGUUUAGAUGCUAGAUAAAUUCAAGUAGCUGUGUCUUUGAACAGUUGUCUGUGAUUUUUAAUGACUGAAGAUCACACAAGAUCAAUACUUAUUUUCAGGAUGGACUCUAAACUUGUUUUGAAGUUGAUAUUUAGUCAAAAACAUACUGUGACAUUUAAAUUUUGUCUUCUUUUACUUCAUAAAUUAGAUUUGAGAAUUUAAAGGCAUCGUUUUUUGUUUUUUUAAAGGUGCAAGCAAAAGGCGGAGUGCUCACAGAGGAUGACUUUGCCAACUACAGCACAGUGUUAGAGCAGCCAGCAGAGAUCGCCUAUCAAGGUAAAUAUCUCUGUUAAAUACUAACUAAAGAGCUGUCCUUGAAUAACCCAUGAAACUUAUCAGACCUAAAAACAGAUGCAAAGGCGUCUUGAUCUUUUUUUUUUACACAAGGAACUUUGUCAACAUUCACCUCCGAGCUGCUUCCCUUAACCUGAAGUUAGCCAGUGAUUAGUUUUAACCCCCUGUUGAAGCUCGGUUUACAGGAGUUUAUGGAAGGUAAUAACUACCAGCAUUCAUUUCAGCUGCCUGUCCAAAAAAAGAAAAUCUCUGACAGUAUUUACUGUUUAAUCAUUAAGACGUAACAAUCUAAACAACCUUACAAUGCUUGAUUUUGAGAUGGAAUGUGGCUAGACGAUUUCUGAUGUAACCUCAGGUUACUGAGAGCAUCUCAGGUCUGAUGCCACACCUUUUUCUUGCUCCAGUUGAAAAAAUAUUGCCUCAUGUUAAUGUUUCAAGACUUGCAACAUGGCAUUUAUGCAAAUUUCCACCUGAUCUCUCAUGUAUGUUUUCUUUUGGUGUAUGCUUGUAAUGCUUUCUCUUUAGUCCUGACUCAUCUUAAGAGUAGGCGACGUUGCAUGAAGAAUCUGUGGAAAUCUUGCUAAAUAUACAUCUCACUCUGAAAAACAGCAAAUUAUUGAAAAAGGUGUCCCUUUUUCGAACAAAGAAAGCAGCUUACCCCAUUUAUUGAUAUAGAUUUUUAGGACUAUAAUAUCUGUAUUUGAGAAGAUGGACAAUGAGUAGAGCAGAAAUCGGAGAAAGUGGGGUGUGACAUACAAGGAAGGGACGGCAUGAUAUGAUUGAGCUUGCUUCUUGCUUAAGAAAGCAUCGGUACACGAAGCGCAGCCCCAUAAACUGACAUUUUUAGGCCGAAAACUGUGUGUAACGAACUGAAAGGUGUUCAUAGCACCACCUACUGUUCCAUAUCAGAACUUAAACCUCACAAGUCACAGAGGAAAGAGCUGACAGAUUAGGACUUAUCUUUUUUAUGGAAUCUAUGUUAAAAAAUAAGGCAAAGUCCUCUGAAGUAUUUGUCUAAGUAUACUUUAAAUCUGCUUAUUUUCUAUUCAGCUCCAUUAUAUGACACCACCACUGAAUUGUUAGUUAUUUUAUUUGUGUUGUUUUCAAAGGACACCAUGUGAUGACAGCACCAGCUCCACAUGCAGGUGUUGCUUUGAUCACCGCCCUCAACAUCCUGGAAGGCUAUAACAUCACCAGCCAGAUGCCAAGAAACAGCACGUACCACUGGAUUGCAGAGGUGCUAUUCUGACUGCUGUACAAAAAAAGGGAACAAAUAAGAUUCUCCUCUUGACUUAGACUUAAAUGCUAACUUUGAUUUUCUCUCCCAGGCUGUGAAGAUUGCACUCGCUCUGGCCAGUAAGCUGGGAGACCCCGCGUAUGACCCUUCUAUUUCUGAAACGGCUGCCAAAAUGCAAAGGUACAGAUCCCUGCUGUUGUCUGAAAUAUAUGACUUGAAUAUUGGUCAUGGACCCAGGCCUUUAUUUUAUUGAACUAUGCCUUUUGUUUGUUUCCUCUCCAAGUAAAUCCGAAGCUUCCCUUCUCCGCCAAAAGAUAAGUGACUCCAAGGCUUUCCCUGCUAGCCACUACACUCCAUCAUUUACCUUGGAGAAGGGUGCUACAGCUGCACAAGUCAUGGUCAUGGGUCCAGAUGACCACAUCGUGUCAGUUAUGAGGUACAUUAUGCUUCAAUUGAGCUACAUUUGAACAGCGUUUUGUGUCUCUGGAGAUUUCGAACUAAAACCUGUUUAUUUCUUGUGGCUGACUCAGCUCUCUAAAUAGACCAUUUGGCAGUGGAAUAGUGACUCCUUCAGGAAUCCUUUUGAACAGCCAGAUCCUGGACUUCUCCUGGCCUAAUAAGACCCAAAGCUCAUCACCUAACCCAGUAAUUUUGCAUUUUGUCUUCAUUUAAUCAAGUUCUAAAUGUACAUGUACGUCUGAUAGCAGCUAUAAGCCCUCAAGACUUAACGUGUUGGUUUUCUGCAGCACAACAGCGUGCAGCCUGGAAAGAGGCCAAUGUCCUUCCUGAUGCCUACCGCCGUGAGGCCUGCAGUGGGGUUAUGUGGCACAUACGUAGCUGUUGGAUCAUCGAAUGGAGAAAAAGCUCUCAGUGGAAUCACACAGGUAGAUGUUUUUAUCGGCGUCUUCUUGAUUUUGAAUUGUUUCCUGUCCUAUAAAUUCUACUGUUGUGUGAACAAUGAUAUUUGAUUAAUACGUGUUUUUAUUCAGCUUCGCUUAUUCAGUUUCUGAUCCUCCUCAGGUGCUGAUGAAUGUUCUGUCAUCACGCAAAAAUAUGAGUGACAGCCUAACAUAUGGAAGACUCCACCCACAGCUUCAGCCAAACACCCUUCUGGUUGACUGUGAGUUUUUCUCUUAAUCCAUCAUACGCUCAUUUCUUUCUUUCUUUCAUCUUUCUUUAUCUCAAACUUUAAGAACAACAAAAAAAAACAACUAGAAACAAAAACACCAAACAAAAUAAUACAUAUGUACACCAAACAACUGUACGUGUCAAAGAUAAAUUAACACAACAUAUGUAUGUCAAAAAUAAACUGUUUGAGAAAGAACAGAAUGAAGCGAAGAGCUUACCUAGUCCUGACUCUUCCUUGCAAAUUAGAGAUUUAAAAAAAGAAAAAAAUCUAUUUGUAUAAAUUAAAUUAAACAAAGAUCUGUAUAAAUACAGAUAUUUUAUACACAAAGAUACCUGCUCAAACUCAAUAGGUUACUUAUGAUAAUUACUUGCAUAUUGUAAUAAUAAUAAUUAGUGUUAAAAUAUAUGGAAUUAAUAUUACUUUUAUGCGUCAAGUAUAUCUAGUAUAAAACCAUAUUUUUGGUUAAUUUACUUGUAUAAUUCUUGUAAUAUUUAUAUAAUAAUAAUAUAUCCAGGCUGUUCCAGAGCUUAACACCUCAAGCAGAAAUGCACAAAUACAAAUAAAUUUAUGUUCCCCCCUUAGAUUAUAGAAAAAUAUAUAUAAAUAUAGAAAAAAUAAAUAAAUAUAGAAAAAUACGGUAAUUAACCUUGCUCAUUUACAUGCUAAUUUGAGUGCUAACUUUCCAAGUGUGUUCAUCAGAUCAUCACACUCUCUCCUGCUGUCUCUUCCUCUCUCGCAGCCGAGUUUUCAGAAGAAGGCGUGGAGCUGCUGCAGGCCAAAGGUCACAAGGUGGAGAGGACGGAGAUCCUCUCAUUGGUUGAAGGCACCCGCAGAACUAAUGACCUCAUCAUUGGGGUGAAGGAUCCUCGAAGUGCUGAUGCCUCUGCCCUCUCAAUGUCCAACAUGCCAUAGUGUGUCCCUUAUUCCCGUAAUACUAACACAUAAUGAAGAAGUGACAAGAGUAACACUGUGUGAUUAAUGUUUAGUGCUGAAAUAAGGAAACUGCUCAACUGAUUGACAAAAGCAUAAUUUUAAGUAAAAGUACACUGCUACUUAGAAGACAUGGAGCUUUUAGGUGAUAGGAUAUGAGACUGCAGUUGUAUAUUUCUAAAGACAAAACCGACAGGAUCACCAUCUCACAAUCUGUUCAUGAUGUUCACUCACAGAGUUGUACCUCAAUUCCUCUAUGGCCCAUAUUACAGUGAGAACAGCAUAGAAAUGCAAAGCGUGUUCAUUUAUUUAUGUCUGAUGCAUUCAGGUUUAGCACAUUAAAUUAAUGCAGGUUAGAUUAUUGUACAUUCUUUUGUUGGGAUAUUUGAAAAAGAAAAUGUAAUAGCUUUCAAAGCUUUGAGUGGCAGCUAGUCUCUGCCCUGUGAGGUACUCUGAAUAGUCUUUCCCUAAAUACAGGGUCUGACAUUUGGAAAGAAGUGUAUGUAACGAACAAACUGACCUUGAAUAAGAAUUGUUAUUUCAAAACAACUCUGAAGAUUGCUCGGAAAUGUCAACUGUAAUCAUAUUUAGAAAGACUAGCACUUUCAUACCUGAACUUGACUAACAUCACAGCUAUAGACUGUAUAUAGUAUAUACAGUCUAUGAUCACAACUCAGUGGCUCAACCAUCAAGCCUGCCUCUUAUGGUGUGUAAAUGUGUUAGAUGUUGUUUGGUACAGCUGCUGUUUUGUCUGUGGUUCCUUUAGACUAACACAAAAUCAUAAAUCAUACAGAAAUAUGGUAAAAUUCUCACAUCUGUCAAUAUCCCUAAGCAAGGGGAUUAGUUGAACAGGUGUUAUUAUUACUGGCAGAGUAAUGGUAUUUAAAUGUAUAAUUUAUUUGUCGCAUGGCUUGUGUUCAUUUAAAGCUGUGGCCCACACUUUUUACACAUAGACCAGGGAGUCUUGUUUUUACAUACGUAAUGAUCAGAUUCUUGAAAGAUGGAUUGAAUGCAGUCUGUCUAUUUUUAUAUUAUCAGUUGGGCUGUAUGCAUUUUCUACUGUUGUAACAACAUCCAUUCAAUGAGCACACUUUAAAAGGCUUCUAUGUUUAUUUUUUGUGAAUUGUUUCAUAAUGUAAGGACAAAUAUUUGAAUAUAAUAUUCAAAUAUUUGAACCAACAGAUUUAGACAGCCAGUGCUGACUAAUCAAAUGUGUUUCAGCCGUAUUGCCUCAAUUGUUGGGCACUAGUGCAAUAUGACUGUUGAUGCUUGUUUCUUGUACCAUCGAGUACCAUGCCUUGGGCACACAUUUGCACAACACCUGAUAUUUGAUCUCAUGUUUAUGUGUAUUUUUUUUUAAUUAAAAUCAACACUGACCAUAUUCAAGAAAUAAAACAUUUGCACACACCCUGACACUUUAAAAA